AUGCCAGAAAGCCCUUUCACCGAUUCCAGCUACUCCAAUAGUGGCAGUGACAUGGAACAGUACGUUAUGUCGCUCCGACAGGCUGUUUACAACAGGCCAGAAGGGAAUUCUGAACGUUCUAGUCACCUUUAUGAGCUCAGCAGUCUUCUUCGCCAGCAUUAUGUGGCUUCAAAUGGAGAACAAAACCCUGAACAGGCUCUUUUGGUUGCUCGAGAAGCAGUUGAGAUCAUCCCCAAUGACAGCCCGAUGGCUGCAAAGUACUUAAAUAGUCUGGGUCGUUUGCUGCUUCAUAAGUUCGACUUCAUGGGAGACCCAAGAGACCUUGAUGAGGCUAUUCAAAUUUUCAGGCAGUGUGUUGCUCAAUCGAAAGAAGUGGACCCAUCUUGGCCCCAAUGGUUGACGGACCUCGGAGAUAGCAUCUAUGCUCGACAUAACCUUACAGGAUCACUGCCAGAUCUGGAGGAGGCCAUUGAGCUGGCGAGAAGAGCACUCGGAGACACAGCAGAGAAUGAUCCAGAAGCUAUAGACCUUACGAUCGACCUUGUGGUCCGGCUUCGUACCCAAAACAAGCGAACAGGGUCUAUCUUUGCUUCGGAAGAGGCCGUUGAGAUGGCUCAAAGAAUACUCGAAUCAUGCCCAGAGAACAACCCGUCCCGCAGUACAUUACUGCAUUUACUCGCUGGUAGCUUUUCAGAUCGAUAUGUCCUUAACGGUGUCAUGGAUGACCUCAAUCAACAUAUCGUGGUAACGCGACUUGCAGGCUUAGCUGUCGGCCUCAGUGAUAGGUAUGCAAGGACUGGAGCCCUGGGUGAUCUCUCAGAAGCUAUCAGGAUAGCGACGGUGGCGUUUGAACAGACUGAAGAGGGUUCUGAUGAUUGGGCAACGCGUGCUUGCAAUUUGUCGGGAUACCUUCUGACAUUGUAUCAGAGAACUGGAGACCGGCUGGACCUUGACACAGCAACUGCAUUGGCAAGAGGUUCAGUGGACUUGACACCGGCCAGCAAUGCUCUGAGGCACAUACGUCUUGGAAACCUGACAGCUUGUCUCAUUGCUCGUUUCGAUAGCACAGGCUCCUUGGAACACCUCGAGGAAUGUGUGAAAAUGGGCCAAGAGGCCAAAGAAGCUACCCCUAAGGAACACGUUGAGUGGCCGGCGCGGCUACAUGACUUGGGAGCCAUCAUGCAGAGAAAAUAUCAGAUGACGGAAGAUCUCGAAGAUCUCGACGAGGUUAUUGGCUUGACUCAGCAAGCACUGCUUGCUCUAGGGCCAAACCAUCCACAACAGGCUGAUACCAUGUCGCUGAUCGCAUUGUUCUUUGCAAAGCGAUACGGAGAGACAGAGUCACCCGAAGAUCUUCAGCGAACAGAGUUGUUCUACAGAGCUGCUCUCUUUCAAACACAAUCGCCAAUCGUAACGCGCAUCGAGGCGGGUGUGAAACUAAUCUCAGUUUGCAUGGUCCAGCGAAACAUGGAGAAAGCUUACGAAGACGCCAAAUACGUUGUGGAUCUCAUCCCGCAAAUGGCUGUACGGUCACUGGAGAGCUCCGACAAGCAGGACCUUUUGCUUAAGAUAGGCGGCGUGUCAUCUGAGGCGGCUGGUCUAGCACUCCAUCUGGAUCAAGACCCGUUGGUGGCAUUGAGUCUUUUAGAGAAGGGUCGUGGCAUAUUUGCUCUAUCUCUGGAUGAGAUACGUGCGGAUAUAAAUGCCUUGGAACAGCAAUGCCCUGAUCUAGCAAGCAAGUUUGUUUUGCUUCGCGAACAGCUCUCGGCCUCUACUUCGUCAGGAAAGACGCUGGAUACCGAGGAUCCUGAAUGGAAUGUUGACGAGAGUCGACGUCACGAGGCAGGCGAUGAAUUUGAAAGUUUGCUUGGAGAAAUCCGGCAGCAAUCAGGCUUUGAGACCUUUCUGCUACCUCCCUCAGAAUCUGAGAUCCGAUUUGCGGCGGAGCGUGGCUCUAUCGUUAUUAUCAACACGAGCAUGCUACGUUGCGAUGCGAUCUUGGUCGAGAGCCACCAGAUCACGUCUGUGCCUCUGACUGACUUUGACCGCCGCGACAUGAUUGAGUAUGUCAAAAACGGCACAUUCAAAAGUGAUGAAUCUCUUCAAUGGCUAUGGGACUGUGUUGCAAAUCCUGUAUUGAACACGUUGGGAUUUGAUAAAUCCCCUCCUGAGGGAGAUUGGCCUCAUGUUUGGUGGAUCAUGACAGGACUUCUGAACAAAUUUCCUAUUCACGCUGCCGGCUACCACUUGAAAGGAUCUUCCGAGACCGUCAUUGAUAGAGUCAUCUCCUCUUAUCAUGGCUCCAUACAAUCAAUCAUCCGUAGUAGGAAGCGACCUACUUCGGCUACGACCCAGACAAAUGCACUGCUCGUUGCAAUGGAAGCCACUCCUGGGAGCUCGAAACUCCCCUUCGCAACCGCAGAAAUAGCAGCUAUCCGUGGUAUAUGCAAGUCAAUGUUUAUCGAGCCAGAUGAGCCUGACCCAAGCAGGGAUAACAUUCUAUCAAGCCUGCUGGAAUGCGGGAUAUUCCACUUCGCAGGUCAUGCCCGCACAGAUCCUGAAGAUGCAAUCGGAAGCUAUCUCUGUUUAGAUGGAGAAAGGGGAAAAUGCUUAACGGUGUUGGACCUGUUAGACGUAAAUCUGCAGAGCCGCUCCCCUUUUCUUGCUUAUCUAUCUGCCUGUGGGACGGGCCGUAUUGAUCAUAAUGACCUGGCGGACGAAGGAAUCCACCUCAUAAAUGGGUUUCAUACAGCUGGCUUUCGCCAUGUCAUUGGGACUUUAUGGGAAGUCAAGGAUGAAAUCUGUGUAGACAUGGCUAGGAUCACAUACGAAGGAAUGAUGCAAAAUGGCAUGGCAGAUGAAGCGGUCUCUCGUGGACUUCAUGAAGCUUCCAAAGGGCUUCGAGAUCGCUGCUUGACUAUGGCUGGGACUCAUCACCGGAUAAGUGGAAGCUUACAGGUAAGAGCUGGUGAAAAUCAGACGGGCGAUGGCGAUGAGUUUGGAGGGAGAGGUCUUGUCGGGUUUUCGAGGGAUAUUGUAACUUGCGACGAGGAGCCUGUUUAUCCGCCAUGGAUUCCGUAUAUUCACUAUGGGGUCUGA